AGCCCAGUAUCUCGGCAUGUGGGUUAGCUGUGGCGGUGGGCUGGCAGUGGUGGUAGUGCAAUUAGCUACUAUCCACCGACAGCUGGCGAUAGCGGCGUGGAUUGUAUGUGCAUCUAGAGAGUUGGAUAUCGUAUAAAGACAGACCUCACUCCCCCCAACUCAAUCUUCUUUCCUCACCCCGCUCACCAUCGCUAAUACAUCCUCCUGCCUCCUCCUCUUACGACUUCAUCUACUCUAAUAAACUCUCCCGCCUAAUACCAGCUCCCCCCCCAAACAACCACCACCGCAAUCAUGAAGUUCACUAUCGCUUCCGUCGCUGCUAUCUUCAUCCUCCAGGCCGCUGCCACCGCGGUCCCCGCUGCCGAUGCCGAGAUCGUCCAGCGCGCUCCUGACGCCGAGGCCGCCGCCGACUACUACGAGCCCAAGUACAAGGUCAAGACCGUGACCGAGUACAAGUACAAGUACAAGACCGCCACUGUCACCGACUACAAGUACAAGUACACCACCGUGUACAAGAAGUACCCUGUCACCGUCACAGACUACAAGUACAAGUACAAGUACACCACCGUGUACAAGAAGUACCCCGUCACCGUCACCGACUACAAUACAAGACCGUCACCGAGUACAAGACCAAGGACUCUUACCCCGUCACCGUCACCGUCACCAAGACCAAGGACGCCUACCCCGUCACAGUCACCGUCACCAAGACCAAGGACGCCUACCCCGUCACCGUCACCGUCACCAAGACCAAGGACGCCUACCCCGUCACCGUCACCGUCACCAAGACCAAGGACUCCUACCCCGUCACCGUCACCAAGACCAAGACCGAGACCGACUACAAGACCGUCACCGUCACCGCCGAGAACAAGCACUACUAAGUGCAUGUAUCUCGCCCUCUUCCGGCGAGAUCCGAGCCCAUUCCUUCCCUUCGUUCUUGGUGGGAGUGAAAUCCUGAGGGUAGCCGUCUGCAUAUGCAUCAUCAUUCGGCCUUCUUUUAGUGUUUCCUCUCCCAUCUCGAGUCAAGUUUCACUCGGAGGGUUUUUUUCCCCCCUAGGACAUUUGGGUUUCUGGUUUUUCUUUCGGGGGGCACGGAUAAUUUCGCGAGUUUCCUUUUUUACGACGACGUUUUUCCUUUUCUAGUCUUAAUGUCUGGUUCGUUUUUACGUGUUCGUGGGGUGCAGGGAGUAGUGAGGGGAGGAGAGGGGUAUCUCUAUGGUCAUGAGGCAGGCAGGAUUUUUCUUUGGUUUCGGGUACUUUCUGGUUGGGCGCGCGCUCUGGUGAAAGCUGCAGCUGCUGCACACAGGCGGAGGAUACGAACGGAAGGGGGGAAAACUGGAAAAUCUGCGAUAAUUUUAAUACAUUGGGGCCUUUCUACAAACUUCUGAUUCCCGUGACACAUUGCUUGUGACAAACCAUACCAUUACUUA